UCUUAGCUUUGAUGGUACUACCAUUUAACCUAGUUUCGCCACCUAUAACCGUUCGUAAUAACAUCAGUACUUGUGAACUGUGAUGCCGGCGUCAACUCCGGCAUUGUCGUCCAUUCCAUGGUGGACCUCCCCAAACCCCUCUCUCCCCACCGUCUUCUCAACCUACUCAAGUCCGAGAAGAACCCCCACUCCGCCCUCCAACUCUUUCAACACGCCACGCGCCACCCCGGCUACACCCACUCCUCCGCCGUCCUCCAACACGUCCUCCGCCGCGUCGCAUCCGACCCCACCCUCCUCCCCCACGCGCCCCACAUCAUCGGCGCCAUUGAGGCCGCCCAGAACUGCAACUGCUCCGAAGACGUUCCCCUCACCCUCCUCAAAGCCUACGCCAAACGCUCCAUGCCCGAUGAAGCUCUCAACCUUUUCAGAAAAAUGGAUCGGGUCUUCGGGUGCCGACCCGGUGUAAGGUCCUUCAACUCGCUCCUCAACGCGUUCGCGGUAUCGGAGCAGUGGGAACGCGCUGAGAAGUUCUUCGCGUACUUCGACACCGCCGGUGUGUCGCCGAACGUUGAAACGUACAAUGUUCUGAUAAAGGUGCUGUGUAAGAAGAGGGAGUUCGAGAAGGCGAAGGGGCUGCUGAGGUGGAUGUCGGGUGUGGGAUUGAGGCCUGAUAAGUUCAGCUAUGGGACAUUGAUCAAUGCGGCGGCGAAAAGGGGUGAUUUGAAUGCUGCAUUGGAGGUGUUUGAUGAAAUGUCUGAACGAGGGGUGGAGCCUGAUGUCAUGUGUUAUAACAUGAUCAUUGAUGGGUUUUUUAAAAGUGGAGAUUUUUUGAAGGCUAAUGAGAUGUGGGAGAGGUUGUUGAGGGAGGAAACUGUUUUUCCUAAUGUUGUGAGUUAUAAUGUUAUGAUUAGAGGGUUGUCUAGGUGUGGGAGGUUUAGUGAGAGUUUGGAGAUAUGGGAGAGGAUGAAGAAGAAUGAGAGGAAGCAUGAUGUUUUUACGUAUAGUUCUCUGAUUCAUGGAUUGAGUCAGAUGGGGAACUUAGAUGGAGCUCAAAGGGUUUAUAAGGAUAUGAUUGGGAGAAGGGUCAGCCCUGAUGUUGUAACUUGUAAUGCGAUGCUUAAUGGAUUGUGUAAAUGGGGGAAGGUUGAGGAAAGUUUUGAGUUGUGGGAGGAGAUGGGGCAGUCUGGUUCCCGUAAUGUAAUUAGUUACAACAUAUUUAUCAAGGGGUUGUUUGAAAAUGGGAAGGUGGAAGAAGCAAUGAAUAUAUGGGAACUCUUGUUGGGUGAGACAGCACUUGCGGUAGAUUCCACUACUUAUGGAAUAUUGAUUCAUGGUUUGUGUAAGAAUGGGUAUCUGAAUAAGGCUUUGCAGGUGCUGGAAGAGGCUGAACAUAGGGGUGGUGAUGUCGAUGUCUUUGCAUACUCCUCGAUGAUAAAUGCUUUGUGCAAAGAAAGGAGAUUAGAUGAUGCAGCUGGAGUUGUAAGUUUGAUGGAUAAGCGAGGCUGUAAAUUGAACACUCAUGUCUGCAAUCCACUGAUUGAUGGGUUUAUUAAAAAUUCCAAACUUGACUCUGCUAUUCAAGUCUUUAGGGAAAUGAGCAACAAAGGUUCUUCACCAACUGUAGUGUCUUAUAAUAUUCUCAUAAAUGGAUUAUGUAGAGCAGAAAGAUUUCAUGAGGCAUAUCAUUGCGUCAAGGAAAUGUUGGAGAAAGGGUUGAAGCCUGAUAUUGUCACGUACAGCACGUUGAUAGAUGGUCUUUGUCAAAGCAAGAUGUUUGAGAGUGACACGGGCCUUAGAUUGUGGCAUCAGUUUCUGGACAUGGGCUUUGAGCCUGAUAUAACUAUGUAUAACAUUGUAAUUCAUAGACUUUGUUCUUCUGGCAAAGUGGAGUAUGCUCUGCAGCUCUAUUCCAUGCUGAGACAGAGGAGCUUUGUUAAUCUUGUGACCCACAAUACCAUCAUGGAGGGUUUUUACAAAGUUGGGGACUGCCAGAAGGCAUCAAAGAUUUGGGCUCUUAUUGUAAAAUAUGGAAUAAAACCCGACAUCAUCUCUUAUAAUAUUACUCUUAAGGGACUCUGCUCUUGUGGUAGAGUGACUGACGCAAUUAGGUUUCUAGAUCAUGCUUUGGUGCAUGGUGUUCUGCCAACUGCCAUUACAUGGAACAUACUAGUUAGAGCAGUGAUUUUUUGUGGGGCUUCAACUGAUUCUCUUGGGGCCUCAGAUAGAAUACAUUAAUUUUUACAGCACUAUUUUUUCCCGAGUUGUGGACAUCAAUGCAGGAAUUAUAUCAACAUACGAGCAUUGUGGUAGUUUCCCACCUGAUCCAAGGAUUAGUGAUAAGUUUUGGUUUGAGCCCUAGCAGCAUUUGAUAGCGUUACCGUUAGGUACUUUGCUACAAUACAGCUUGGAGCUGCCUUGAGGGAUAGUGCCUACAAUUUGAUUUGUCUGAACAAAAAAGGUCAUGUGUUUUGGUUUGUGGGAUAUUUAACUGCCUCAGGCUUUACAUGAAUUGGUUGCUUUCUUCAGGGCCUUGGGAUUUUCAGGCAGCAAUUACUAGACUUCUCUAUUUGAUACACCAACUUGUUAAGCUGUACAGAAGGAAUUACCCUGUAUAAUUAUUAGCUUCUCAUUACUUGUUUAUAUGAUUGGAGAUAGGUAGAUAAAAGUUAGCUUCUGAAUAUACAUUUCUAAAAUCUAUAACAUAGGAUGUCACGAAUUUCAUCAGCAUCACAUGGUAAUCCAAUUACUCAGAUUUUGGUGAUUGUAGUAAUAUCACUGAGGCUGUUGUUGAUGCCAAAACAAAGCAGCAUGAUGAUAUCAGUCCCAAGUUGUAAGCCUAUACUUGGGGUUAUUACAUCAUGCAAUAUGUAUAAAAAACUAUACUCCCGAGAAACUUGUUCUGUGAUUCCCAGUAGAAAUUGUACUUCAGUUAUUUUUCUCUUCCCUGUUAGUCUUUCUUGUUGUUCCAGUUUCUGAUGACAUGUUUGUUUCAUAGAUGAACUGAGAAGUCAAAGCCACCACAAUAGCUCCAAGAAUUGCUACUUUUCUCCAAUCAGCUAAUGAUGAGGCAAUAGAAUCCACUAUUAGAAAGGUCAGCAGGCCAAUGAAGACAAGAUUCCUCGAAUUCUAGCAUCUGGCUCUCAAUGUUUGCUGUUAUCUGUGAACACAAGUGAAUAAAGGGGUCAUUAUUGGAGUACCUUAUUGUCACUCAUGGUGUGCAAUGGUUUACAUGGUUAACUCAAAAGCAAAACAUACCCUGGCACCAGCUUCGUCUAAUCCUUUGAGGGCAUCAUCUUCAAUCUUGUUGAACUCAGCGUUUGCUUUUUCACCAAACCGGGUUAAAUAGGCAGAUUUCUCAUCUAUAUAAUCUACCAGACGGAAUUUUUGAGCUUCAAGCAUGACAAUUUGGGCUAGCAGUUCUUGUUUACGAAUGUCUCCAGGUUGGGGAGAUUGAGAGUCCGACUCAUUGGACUUGCAUAGGCACAGAAUAGAACCUCUUGCGUUGAGGAUUCUUGUGCAGUGGAUGUUAUUCUUGAUGUUGCUAGGUUUGAAGGAAGGAUGAAUGGAUUUAAGAGCAAUCAUCUUUUCAUAACCGGAGAAGUAUAUGCAUGGAAGGGUGAAUGAAAAAAUAGUAUAACGCGAGAAAGAGGGUGCUGCAGGACCCAGAUUCUUUGAAGUUUGAAGGCACAAGACAAAGAUGUUCCUAUCCUUAUUUUUCAUAAGAUAAUGCCCACGAAACGAGGGGUUCAAAACACUUCCAGCCAACACACUUGAAAGGGAAAGCAGAAACCUAUUAGUUUGUUUGGGAAAACAUGUUCAGCGCCCAAUUCCUAAAGAAAACUUGCUCAUCUUUUAUUUAUUUAUUAAAUUACUCUUGUAAUUUCAGUUUAGGUGUGGUGAAGACUAAAGGUCUCUCCAAGAGUGCGAUUCUUAGGAACCAAACUACCAAACAUUCAACCUAGGGUCUCUCAUCCUUUUUUUUGGGGUUAAGUUAUGAGUGUUUGGAUUAAUUUGUUUUGGUAAAAUUGAUUAUGCUAAAAUUGAAAAUGAAGGUGAUUUUGGGUUUGAUUGGGA